CCCUACAGUACUUGUUCAGACGUUCAGACUUAACUGUCUGAGCAGUGCAGAGUCUCCUUCACCAUCCUUCACUACUUUAUCUGUCACUGUGCCCGUCUUCCACUGUGCUAGACUCUCCUGGGGUGACAUUGGGACUACGGCUUUGGAAACUUUUGAUCUUCACACAAGGUAUACCACCGAGUAGCCAGGCAGGCACCACCAUGGCAGAGCGCACCGUCCCACAUGCCUACCCAAUGAGCAUGGAGUACGAGAUGAGCAACCCGAGCCGGCUCUAUGAUCAAAAUUUCGCCGAAGCCCUAAGUCCUCAGGACCUGCUGGCUCCCGUGCUGUACCACGGCUACUACAUCCGGCCGCGCAUCAACAAGCAACUGGAGCGCGGCUACUCACAGGUGAGCUGCGAGGAGGACUGGUACCGCGUGCUCCUGGACGUCUGCCAGUUCACGCCGGACGAGCUGAGCGUGCGCACCGUGGACAACCUGCUGGAGGUCAGCGGGCGCCACUCACAGCGCGUCGACCAGCACGGCUUCGUGAGCAGGGAGUUCACGCGCACGUACAUCUUACCUAUGGGGGUGGACCCGCUGCUCGUCCAGGUGUCCAUCUCACACGACGGGGUGCUCUGCGUCGAGGCGCCCAGGAAAACGGCCGGCAUCGAACCUGUGGUCAACGAACUCAAGAUUAAAACGGACAGAAAGGGAGCCAAGAGUUCCUAAGAGUACUUCAAGUUGUUUUUACUUGUACGACAAUUGAACAAAAAAAGUUUGGUAUAAAAUAUAGACCAGUGACUGAUUAGUAUUACAGUAUAUCACGAAAGUGAGUACACCCCUCACAGUUUUUGCAGAUUUGUGAGUAUAUCUUUUCAUAGGAAAGCAUUACAGAAAUUUCACUUUGACACAAUGAUUAGUGACCUUUUAACAACAUAUUUAACCGCUUAAAUUUCUUG